CAACAGUACAAUGGAUAUGACCUGAUCAAGAAAGACCACAAGCAGUGUACAGAAAAACAGAUAUUUGAAAGUAGGACAGACACCAGAGCAAAGAUGAAGAUUCGAGAUAUGCAGAUCUGGGGUUUACUCUUGACGUUAAUGGGCUGGAUUUUUGUCGCUUGCUCUAUCGCCAUGGAGGGCUGGAAGGUCGCUUCUGUCGGAGGGCAGGGGGGAAGCUCCAUUAUCACAGUGGGAUGGUACUGGUCCAGUUUGUGGAGGGCCUGCUACACGGAUUCAGCUGCCACAUCCAACUGCUACGACUUCCCUGUGUUAUGGGCUGUGGAAGAUUACAUUCAGAUCACGAGGGCUUUACUGUUGGCCGGGAUGGCCACUGGAGUGCUGGGAUUCAUCUUGAGUUUUGUGGGAAUGGAAUGCACCUACAUCGGAGGAAAUGACAAAGACAAAAAGCGCUCCAUGUUCACAGGAAGCUUCUGUCACAUAAUAAGUGGUUUGCUGUCGGCUUGUGGUUACGCAAUAUACGCUCACUAUGUUUCUUCAGAGUUUUUCAACCCCAGAUUUGAUGGAUUGCAAUUUGAUUUGGGAACUCCGUUGUUCCUCGGAUGGGCAGGAUGUGCCUUUCAGAUCACUGGUGGAUUUUUCUUCAUGGUUUCAGUUUGCAAGGUCCAGUCUAAGACAUACAGCAGGGCCCCAAUGUCCAUCGUUCCUGCUUCACAUACUAAAACUUUACGUUCCUAUCGCACAAAUCUGUCUGUCAUCUCUGAAAUCUCUAGUAAAUCUAGCCUCUCAUCAUUAUCUGAGGUCUCAUCGCAGGCUGAACCAUCAGCUGUGUCUCAUGUUUCAUCUGUGAAAAGACAGAGCUCCAGAACUCGACGGCCAUCGGGAUCCAGACGCAAAUCCAGGAGCUCUGUUAAAUCGGAAGUUUCUCGACCGCUGCGCUCUUCCAUGUCCACAAGAUUAAGCAGAUCGGAUUUAAACAGGAGAAGAUCAUCAGCUCCAGCUAAAACCACCACAAACUUGUUCAACACAAACUCCUACCUCUGAAAUAUUCAGCAUGGAUCACUGACUGUGGAAACGUCAACAGUGGACAAAGCACCACCUGGUGGACAAUACAGUGUACUGGAUUCGCUUAUUGAUAUAAGCAUGCUUUCAUUGAGAAUAACAACAUGCUGAUUUUAUAUUUAUAAUAAAAAAUACUGCAAAAAAAAAACCUUUUUACUAGUUAUUACAGUCUGUUGUUUUUGAAAUGACAUUUUUUACAUUUAAAAGGCUUAUCCACAUAAUAUGAAACAGAUUGCAUUUUGGGGAGCUGGCUGUAAAAUUGUCUCUUGAUUGUAUUUUUAGCUAAUUCGUGUAUUUUUAGCUGAUUUUGUGCUUUGCUUCUUCUCAAUGUUCCACAUGACAUGACAU